CGAAAUGUUCCGAAAGUCUCGGCACUUCAUGUUAUUUUGUGAUGAUGUUUUUUGUUAAUUAUUGUGCAUUAUAAAUAAAGUUAGAUAAUAUGAAAUAUUCUUAGUAAUCUGUGACUAAUGUUUUCUGUGAUUUAAAACAAAAAUUAUUGAAUGACAAGAGUGUUUCUAAAUUUUUUUACGAGAUGCAUUCUCUGCAGAGGAUGAGAUUAAUAACCGCCGCUUGUCAUAUAAUUCAGAGACAAGAAAUAAAAAUCUGUGGGCAUGAAACACAAAGUCUAAAAAAAUCUGUUACUAACAUUGUAAAUAGAUCAUUCGUGAAAACGAAUUUCGCACUGAAAGAAAAAGCAGUGGCAACAGCCUUGAGAAGUAAAAAACCGAAAUCAACAAAAGACACCUUGACAUAUUUUGUUGAUAUAAAACAGGUAAAAGUUGUAGGAGGCAAAGGCGGGGAUGGAGCAAUUUCUUUUCUCCAUUUGUAUAUAAACGAAUUUGCAGGACCAGCCGGAGGCGACGGUGGUCAUGGCGGUCACGUUAUUUUCCAAACAUCUGGGGACGUGAAAGAUCUUCAUCACAUACGUAGUGUUCAGGAAGCCGAAGAAGGAGGAAAGGGGUUGAGUAAAGAUUGCUUUGGAAAGAAUGCCGAGCACUUGAUUCUGAAAGUACCGAUUGGUACCAUAAUUCGCAAUUUGGAUGGAAAAAUAGUUGCAGAUUUAGAAGAAGAAGGCAUGAUGUUUAUAGCAGCGAGAGGCGGUUCCGGUGGGCAUGGGAAUCCAUAUUUUAAAUCAGAAACUAAUCAGACUCCAAUGAUUUGCGAAUAUGGCGCUGAAGGCGAAACUAAUCAGUAUGUUCUCGAAGUUAAAAGCAUGGCUCAUCUAGGAUUGAUAGGACUUCCCAAUGCUGGAAAAAGUACUUUACUCCGGGCCGUUUCGCGAGCAAGACCCAAGGUCGCAUCUUAUCCUUUUACAACCUUGAGACCGUAUGUUGGAAUGAUACAGUAUGAUGAUUACGAGCAAGUAGCUGUUGCAGAUUUGCCUGGUUUAAUAGAAAAUUCACACAAAAACAAAGGCCUUGGCGUAACUUUUUUAAAACACGCCGAACGUUGCAAAGCUCUACUAUUUAUUUUGGACAUUACGAUGGAUGAACCGUGGAAUCAUUUGGAAAUUUUAAAACAUGAGCUAACCCAGUACAAUCCAAAGUUGAUUGAACGACCAAUGCUUGUCAUAGCGAAUAAAAUAGAUUUACCGGAAGCUGAGGAGAACUUACGAUUACUCAGUGAGAAAAUUGAUCUGCCAAUUAUUCCAAUUUCCGCCAAGCUGGGAACCAAUGUUGCCUCACUUUUAAAACAAAUAAGGAUAUUGUACGAUGAUUUAUGUGCGGAAGAAACUGAAGAAAGAUAGCUUUGUAAUUAGGAUUUAUUUU